GAGAGAGAGAGAGAGAGAGAGAGAGAGCACAUACACACAAAAGACACAUAAGUAUGAAUUAUCUCUUGAACAGGCUUUCAAUACUUUUAUAUUAAAUGCGCACAAACGCCCACACACAUUCACACUAAUACAGUAUGUGAAAUAACUUCAUACGAAACUACAGCUGCUUGAUGGAUGUUAAAAGAAACUAAUGCGCUUGCCUAACAACACAACAUGGCGUCUAGUAGCGUGUUUUUAUUGAACAUCAAUGGACAGAUUGAAAGCGGCGAAUUCCCUGAAUUUGAUGACAUCUAUUGCCGUCAUUGUUUUGUCUAUGGAGAUGACUGGAUUAUUACUGCGGGUUUGGAGGAGGGCAUUACCCAAGUGACAAAGAAAAGUCCUGACAGACGUCAAAUACAUGUCUGGAACUUUCCAUUGAACAUCACAUUUAAAAGUACCAACCCAUUUGGCUGGCCUCGUAUUGUUGUUCAUGCCUAUGGAUUAGACACUUUUGGCAAUGAUGUGGUCCGCGGUUAUGGAAUGUGCCAUGUUCCUAUAAUUCCUGGCAGAGUCAGAAUAACAGAUAACAAAUCAUUUCCAAAGAAAUCACAAAAAGCAGAUCCUGUUUCUAAAUCAUUUUGUAGAGUGAGAACUCAAGGAUUUGUGAAUGUAACUUUCAAUGUUGUCAGCAAAGAUAUCAAAAAACUUGGUUACAUCAAUCAAGUCAGCCAACCCCAAGCGGCGGCAUCAACAGAAACUAUUGCAGCAGUGAAAUCCUGAACCUUCUGAGAUUCUGUCAAAACAUUUUACAAUUGUCAUUUUGUAUUCUUAAGUAUUUAUUCCAUCGACUGUUCAAAGAAAUUUAUUCCAUCAUUUCUAUGAUGUAACACUUACCAUCUAUAGUAUACAGACUAUUUUUUUAAUGUUUAUACAUCAUGUACCAUAAUAUAUCAUAUGUAGAUGUUAGUUUUUAAUCAAUAAACGAAUAAAAUGUUUUUCAAAUGUUA